AUGCUUAGAGACAGGCCACUGUUCUCAUCUUCUUGCUCCUCGCCGACCGUAGUCGGGCCUGGUCUCGAGCCGCCAUUCCACCAAGUCCCGAAAGCGCCUACUCAGUCUGCCCUCGCCAUUGGCGAGCAAUCACAACGACCCGACGCCCAAGCCAUCCAGCCGUUCUCAGCCACCUCUGCGAUCAGCACCGCGCAGCUCACGUCACCUCUUCCGGUCCACGACGUCGAUCCGCCUCGUCCCCCUCGCGAUGGAUAUGAAUGGGCGGAACGUCAAAUUGGGACUUUGCCACGAAGCAGCGCCCCGUCUAGACUCUGGCGGUGUAACUCUCGCUCCGCCUUCUCCACUGGCGAUAUAGACAGCUCGUCCGUCCAUCUACCUCUUGUCAGAUCUUUUGGACCAACAUCGCCUGCGCCCGCUUCUCGAAAUGAACCCGCCUUUGCUGCUAACCCAUUCUUGCAAGAUGAUACACAUGUACGAUCACUACAGCAACCACUUAUCGAAGCUCCUCUAACUCAUCUGAACCAUCUGCACGAUGACCGUGUGAUCAGCUUCCCUAAGCUCAACACCCCUGAGGAAACAGUCUCAGAGGACAUAAAUAGUGCACUACACGGUGCUGCCAAAACCAAGGCCGUUCCCAGCCCCGGCGUAGCGCGAAGGCUUUUCCUCAAGACAAAGCAGAGCCUAGAGGCCAGAGUAAGAGGGCCAACGCAAAGAGAGUCGCCCAGCCUCCACAAAUCGAGCGACAACGUGGCCCAGACAACCGCAGUGAUUGAUGGUGCGAGGCAGACUCACGGUGUAAGAGUAGGAACAUGGCUGGAGGAUGACAGCACGCCACCAAAUGCCUCGAGAAGGAUCUUUAGGAAGGCCCCUUGGCAUCGUAAAGAAUCGGGUGAAACUUUGAGCAGCGUGUCAAGUUCCGUCAGGGAAUUGAUACGCGCUGAUACGCCUCCUUGUACCCCCGCGUCAGAUCUGACACUGCAGCGGACGACAUCGAAUUACUCUACAUCAUACCCUGGCAACACGAACCUAUACCCUAUGGCAGGACUCGAGACUAUUUCAACUCGUCCACACCUCCGCAUAUGGAUGGGAGCGGCAACUCCAGAGCAAGACACCCAUUUUGCUACACCGUCACAGAAGGUCGUCGAGGUGGUGACACAUCUCGAAGCUGGACUAGUGGACCGCAUGAAAGGUGGGAGUGGCUGCCCGAAAGGCCAGUCCGCCGUGCUCGACAUGCUCAGGCUCUUUGGGAUGUUCAACGUCGAUCAUUUUCUGAGAACGACCCAGCCAGGGCAUUUGAGUUUCGCAUACGGAGACAUCUGCCUAACAGUCCUCUUUGCCCAGCCAACAGUAGCCUCCCAAGAACCUGCAUGGGAGUGUGCGUUUAUCACGGCCGACAGAAAGCCUCAACAGCUCUGCAGGACGAGUCCAACGGAGUCAGGCCUGCCUGAAUGGUGGUCGUGGGGAUGCUUCUAUAUCUAG